GACGGAGCUGCUAGUCACACAGCGCAGAGCUUGCAAAACCAGAAUUUUUUUACAUCGGUGUUGCAGUUUAUCAACUUCGGUGAGGGAGGGUAGUCGGUUCAGUGGUACUCUGCACAGUCAUUUUAAAAUUAAAAUCAAUCAUGGCAGAAGGAAUUAAAGAAAGAUUUGAAAAGUUCCUUAACGAGAAGAAUGUAAUGACCGACGUUCUGGCGAAGAUCGAAGCCAAAACUGGAGUCAAGAGGACGUACAUUGCACUCGCUGUUGUUGCAGUUGUUGCGGUUUACCUUGUGAUAGGAUACGGGGCUUCUCUCCUGUGUAACCUUAUUGGAUUCGCCUACCCUGCAUAUAUCUCGAUCAAAGCGAUCGAGAGUGCAACCAAAGACGAUGACACAAAAUGGCUGACAUACUGGGUGGUAUAUGGAGUUUUCAGUGUGGCUGAAUUCUUUGCUGAUAUAUUCCUGUCUUGGUUUCCAUUUUACUAUAUGGGAAAGUGUGCCUUCCUGGUUUGGUGCAUGGCUCCGACUCCAACUAAUGGCUCAGUCCAGAUCUACACCCGGAUUAUCCGCCCUUUCUUCCUGAAGAACGAGGCCAAGAUUGACCGUGUCGUGAAAGACCUCUCAGACAAGGCUUCAGAGACUGCUGGCAAAAUUAAGGAGGAAGCAAAAAAAGCAACAGCAAAUAUAAUUUUCGAGGAGAAGAAGAGCUCGUAAGAGGAUCCCUGGACAAAGCCAUGUUUAAAAAGCUUCAUCUCUAAGGAGGACUGUGGUAUAAGUCUGAAUAAAUGUUGCCUUGGAUUUUGUGUUUUAUUAUUUUUAAAUGAACUUGGAAGAUUUUAAGUUUAUGCUCACUAUUUUAUUGUUGUCUGUACAAGUAGCAAAGGAUGUAUUAUGUCAAUUCAGUCUAGUGGCUGACGUUCAAAGCUUAUUGCAAAAACAAAACUAUUUCAGUCAUGUUUAAGAUGGAAGGAACCUUUGUAAUGUAUUGACCUGUCCCCCAGAAGGAAAUAACUUAAUAAACACUUGUUGCUAAUA